AUGCCUGCACCUGAUCAAGUGCCAGAGCCCACAUCUCUCCUCCCACGCCCUGCUGUAAAGGGUGGGACUAAUGCACAGUAUGGCCCUGCCUGGACGGGCAUGCAUCCUCCAGACACCGACCCGGCAACAGUGGACAGGCAUCCCAGUGGCAUCAUGGUUGAAGACCUCAUGAGGGAGCUGGAGUGGAUUGACCCCAACACCUCAGCAGUGUAUGACUACUCGAUGGACGCUGACAAGGCUUACUACCUGACUGCCACCUCUGGCUUCUACCCUGGCGAGUUUGGCUUCUUCAGCCGCGGCAGACAGACCACCAACUGGAUUGGCUACGUGGCCAUUUCCAAGCCUCUGGGGGAGAAGAGGAAGCGGGACAUUGCAGUGGUCUUCAGAGGCACACAGGCCAAGACAGAGUGGGCGUCCGACUUUGUGUGGGAGAUGCAGCCCUGGAGCGACCUGCAGACUGGACGGCACAAUGUCAAGGUGGCCAAGGGGUUUGAGACCAUGUACAGGCGCUUUGCUUCCACACCAGGAAACACCCUCUCCAUCCAGGGUCAGGUGCACGUGGCGCUGAGCAAGCUGCUGACUCAGUACGGGGACGAGAUCGGCUCCAUUACUACUACGGGCCACUCCCUCGGCGGCGCUCUGGCGUCCCUGUGCGCGUUUGACAUCGCCUGGUCGCGCAUCAACCGAGUGGAGGACAAACCGGGGGGCGCCCUCAUCCCUGUGACUGCCUUCACCUUCGAGGCUCCGCGCGUAGGCAAUGCGGCGUACGCAGCAACCUUUGAUGGAGACUACAGCCCGGACAACCCUCCUGCCGACCUCAACAGCGUCAAGUAUGUGAAGAUGCUGCGCGUCGUCAACGUACCUGACAUCGUCCCCAAGGCGCCGCGCACCGGAUUUCGCCGCCAGUUCCUGCUGCCGUGGCGCUGGCCUCAGCUGGUGUUCUGGGCAGGCGCAACCGCGGCCGGUGUCCUGAUUCCGUCCCUGCGAAACCGCGAGCUCGGCUAUGUGCACGGCGGAUUCGAGUUCAAUUUGAACUCGAUUCCCCUGGAGGCUGAAGGCAUCAUCCGGGACAUGAGGAACGACCACUGGCCUUGCCACAUCAAGACCAAGAUCGGCCAGUGGCACGAUCUGCUCAUGGCGCUAUACCUCAUUGACGACACGCGCCCCAUUGGGGAUCUGAACCCCCAUCUGCCAGCUAACCAGCCAUGA